AUGAGGCCAAAGAACAAUAAAAGCUCCAAGAGCGACAUGGAACUUUGCUUCCUACCUAUUACAACAGCAAAUCCCAACAAUCGUCGCGAGAUAGAGCUUCGCCAAGCAAGUGCCAGAUCUCAUUUAGCCAAAAUAACACAUCGACGCAAAAAGAGCAGUGCCAACAAGAAAGAUGGGGUUAUUAAUCACUAUAACCAGACCGAUGGCCGAAGCCGACAUAUUACUCCGAUGCUAUUUUACGUCGUACCGGACAAGAUUCUUGAUCAACACACUCGCAUGCUGCUGCAUUAUUGCACACAAUCAUUCUGGCCAGGCUUUGAGAUUGGGUCCGCGGCGUUCCACAUUCCUUCUUUCGCACGCGACUAUAACACUCUUGUCGCACAAGGCCCAUGUUUGGUUCACGCUCUGUUAUGGUCCGCCGCCGUAAGCCUGAGCCACAAAAGAAAUACAAGGGUAACAGAUAAGGACAGCUUGGUACAUUACAAUCAAGCUCUCAAGUACAUAUCGCAGGAUAUCACACGGCCUGUAGCAGAGAUAUCGGAGCAGACUAUGUACGCUAUUCUCAGCAUCAGCGGCCCAGAGGUUGCAUCGGAUGACGAAGAUUGCAUCGUCAAAAGAGCGUUUGACCCGCCGUUGGCGAAACUUUCGUGGAUACAUGUUUAUGGCAGGAGGCUUCACAUCGACGCGCAUGCUAGGGCACUGAUAAGGAUCGUUGAUCUGAAAGGUGGCAUCCAUAGUCUCAAGUCUUUGGACUUUCAGGCUUCUUUCAACUACAUGGAUCUUACACGGGCGUCCCAGAGAUUAAUUAGGCCACAUCUUCCUAUUUCGAAGUUGUAUGGUCGGGUGAGAGAGACACAUGAUAGACGGAAGCUCUAUGGCUACGCAGCCGACUUUGCUCCCGCGUCGUGCGUCGAGGCAACGACGCAACAUCUUAGCAAGUUAAGGGAGCUUGGACUAUCAGCGGAUUUGGAUGACGUUAUGCGCGACAUGAGAAUAUGGGUCAAGGUCAUCGAAGGGUACCACUUUGGACUUUUGGCAAACCCCGACUCUUCCCUUCUCACUGCCCACAGAGACCUAAUUCAACAACGCUUACUGGCCACUCUCCCCGAAGAAGACGGUAUUCUUGAUAUUACUGUUCUUGGAGAGAGUAACGAUGCACAGGGCGAGGCUGCUGAAUGGAUCAACGAACUCGUCCAAACAGCUUUGCUGAUCUUCUCACUCGGCGUUACUUUCCCCAUCCCAUAUGCUCCGCCUUAUCAUCGGCUCUCAAAACGACUCAAGGCGCAACUUGAACGACGCAUGGAGGAAGCCUUGGAACUCCAACUCUUUGAUCUCUUGACAUGGCUCGGUGUGUUAGGCGUGCUCUGCUCAGAGCAAGUCGGGAACGAUCUUAGAGUCUGGUUCGUUUCCUUUUUAGGCACCGUGGAACCAAGGCGCGCGGGAGGUUGUGUUGCAAGGAACUGGUCUACCGUGGUUAAAGAGUCGCUAGAACCCUUUCUAUGGUCAAGUGUGUCUUGCGACGAGGCGGCAGAAGCAGCAUGGAAGGAAGUGCAGGAAGGCUCAAGAGGUUGGGAAAGGACAGCUUGGUCGGGAAUGCUAGGUACGAUUUGCGGAUAA